AUGUGUUCAACCAGCAGGAGUUUUGCCGCUGAGGAGCUGAUACCGACCUCCUCUCACUAUACUCUGAGGGGACUCAGACCUUUCGUGACGGUCAGACUACGGCUGGUGCUGGCCAACCCUGAGGGCAGCAAGGAGAGCGAGGAGAUCGUCAAGCAGACGGAGGAAGACGUUCCUGGCCCCAUUCCUAUGGAGUCCAUCCAGACAGGCCCAUACGAGGAGAAGAUCUUCAUGCAAUGGAAGGCCCCGAAUGAAACUAAUGGAGUCAUUACACUCUAUGAGAUCACCUAUAAGGCUCUUGGUUCCCUGGACCCCAGCGCAGAUUUGACAACACAACGUGGCCAGGUUUUCAAACUCCCAAAUGAGACCCAUCAUCUCUUCGUAGGGUUGUAUCCUGGCACCACAUACUACUUUACUCUGAAAGCCAGCACAAACAAAGGCUUCGGCCCACCCGUGACCACCCGUAUCGCCACCAAAAUUGCAGCUCCAUCCAUGCCUGAAUAUGAGACAGAGUCUCCUCUCAAUGAGACGGACACGACAAUCACCGUCCUCCUAAAACCUGCCCAAUCACGAGGGGCUCCUGUCAGUGCUUAUCAAGUGGUGGUUCAAGAGGAACGAAAGCAGAAAGUUCGCCGAGCCACUGAUGUGCUGGAGUGUUUCUCCAUUCCUGUUAGCUUCAGAAAUGCCUCUAUCUUGAAUUCACCUCACUAUUUUGCGGCUGAACUCCCCCCUGUGAGCCUUGCUGUAGUACAGCCCUUUACUAUAGGAGACAACAAGACUUAUAAUGGCUACUGGAACGCACCAUUGUCACCAGCCAAAAGCUACAGCAUUUACUUUCAGGCCUUGAGCAAAGCCAAUGGGGUGAGUAUUUCAUUUACUGUUUAUUUCAUAUACCAAUUUAAUGUUCUGCUAACGGUUGACACUUAA